AUGUUUUGAUUUUUCCUUUCAUUUUUGUCCUUUUUAGAGUUUCCCCUUUUUCUUCUGUUUUAAUAGUCACAGGUCGGGGUGAAUCGAGAGGAAACAGUGGGAAAAUCUUCUUCUUCCUUGAAGAAGAAAUGCUUCAGGAAUCACUCUCAGCAUCUGGUUCUGAGGAUGACUAUGCUAGUUGAAAGUCCCGGGCUUGCACAAGAAAGGAUCCUAAGGGCAGUAAGAAGAGGGUUUGAAGGCGGUCAUUGAGUAGUGAAAGCUGUUAGGAUUCUCCUCGUGUUAGGAAACAAAUAAGGUCACGGUCAUCUAGGAGAGAUGAUGAUUAUGAGAGGAGGAAGAAAGCCCCCAAAAGAAGCUUCGGAGAGAUGUGAAUGUGAGUUCAGCAAGUAGUGGAUCAAGGUGUUGUUCUAGUUGUCGAUCUGGGAGUAGGAAGUGGCACUGAUGAGGGUGAGUUUGAGAGGAGAAUGGGUAGAUCUGAGAGGAAGAAGAAACAUAGAAAAAGGAUGGAGAAGGUUAAAACCGAAAGUGAAAAAAAGCAGAGUGAGGACAGAGUGGUGGAGCAGAACAAUUCAGGGAGGCUCAGAUUGGUUAUCUCUGUUUUUAAAGACGAAGGGAGAGUGUUGGAAGGUGAUGAGCAUAAAGAAGAGAUCAUACAUGGUCAUGAUGAUUACCCAUCUAGCAAAAGAAAUGAUAGUAAUGAUAAGGGUAUUAGGAGGGAGUUUCCUCAGCAUUCACACUUUGCACAUGAGAAAAUAAGGAUGUACACGAUGAACAAGGAGAAAAAACUGAUGUUUCUUACUUCAGAAUCAACAGUGUUGUGUUUAGCAGCAAGGAUGAUAUUUCCAGCUACAUUGUGCUCUGGAAAAUCUAAGAAAUUCAGAGGAGGAAUGCAAACAAGUACCAACAUUCAAGCAAAUCAGAAAGAUAAGAACAAUGCCAAUGUGAACACAUUGUCUAAAGAAAAACCUGAAUCAGUUUGGCUUAAAUCCACCAUUGAAGAUGGUUCUAGAGUAGUGACUGCAAGUCAAAUCAUCACAGCAGCCUGAGCUGCUUGCAACAAGAAAAAAUUCCUCUGGUUUACCACCCGACAGGAAGAAUUCAGAAGGUAAUAAUGGUGGAAGAGAAUCUCUGACUGCUGAGCAUGUUGUUACUUUGCAAGGGACCAGGUGGCCCCUGCCUGUGUCCCUAAGGAAGAGGUCAAUGACAAUGUAGCUAUUAGUUCUGAUACUAUUAGGCUGAAAGCUUUGAGACGAGAAUCACCUAAAACUUACUCCACUCUAAAACAAGGUUCUGCUUCAGAACCCAUGUUGACACCAAGGAGUAAAGGGAAUGAGACUGCUGUAGAGUCUGCUAAAUCGGAACCCCAAUUGACGACAAUAAUAUUGAUGAAACUAAGAAUGUGCACGAUUCUACUACUAGUGAUGAUCCUUCAUCUUGCCCUGGAUAUAUGUUAGUUGAUGUCAGCUCAGGUAAUCUGCAACAUGGAACUAAGUAGGGCUUACAGUUUGAGCAGAAGACGAUGUCUGUUAUGCGGGGUAGUGAAUUAGUACAGGUGAAUUACAAGGUCUAUAUCCCAAAGAAAGCACCUGAACUCAUGAGGUGAUGUUCCAUCAAUGAUUUGGUUUAGUGCGCAAAUCCUUGAUAGCCUGAGAGCUGCAGGCCGUAAUAAUGGUUUAUUGCAUCUGUCUAUAAAAGAGGACAUGAUAAGAAACCUUGCAAGAACUGACUUAUGAUUAACUUCUAAUGCGACAUCUGACGCUUUAGUCGUUCCAGCUGAAUUUUUGGAUACUUCUAUCUAUAGAUUCACCCUGGAAAUUGAUUUAUGUAG